GCGGAAAGCAUAGCACCGCCAGGUGCCCCUUCAUGCAUGGUUCAUAGGCUAUAAAAGCCCGAAACGCAGCGUUGGUCCAAUACUAUACAGCACAUCAGCAUCGGCUAUUGCGUGCCUAUACCUCGCCACAUACCCUACAAGCAUCACCACCAGAAACCUGAAAAUGACUGGCUUGAACAGCUAUGUACUGCGCUACUUCCCGGCUCAUGGUGUUACAGAGACGAUCCGCCUUCUGCUUGACUUUGUCGGCGCCGAGUGGACUGAGGAGCAUCCUGAGUGGCCGGCGAAGAAGGCAGAGCAGCCAUUCGGGCACCUGCCAGUCCUCGUCGAGAAGAACUCUGACGGCGAAGUGGUUUUCAUUCUUUCCGAAUCGCUUGUCAUCGAGCGCUACCUCUUGCGCAAGUACAAUCUAAUGCCGUCCGAUCCCACGCUCGCUGCUCGCCAGGAGCAACUACGUGACCAGCUCUAUGACACAUAUGUUGCUAUGGGCUAUGCCAUGCAUUCUGAUGGAGACUUCAAGCAGAUGUUGGUGCGCAGGCGUGACGAGAUGCUCGAAAGCCUGACACGGGUUCAUAGCAAGGCGCUUCAGGACAACGGUGGCAAUGGUCACUUCUUUGGCGACAAGACCACGUACCCCGACCUUGCUUUUUAUGCAUUUGUCGUACACAUCCGUGCUGAGUCGGCAAAGGACGGCUCCGCUGAGCUCACUGCUCACUUUAACCUGGAGGCAGUGCCCGAGUUCGGGAAACUUGUUGCUGCUAUCGAGGCAGACCCGGCUCUGCAGAGUUAUUUUGCAACGAAGGAGAAGGUCGCACGCGCCUAGUGUUUUCUGUUUACCGUAUCAGCAUAAAAGCUUUGGAUUUGUCAGAUUGUGAACUGUUCCGACAAUCUGCUCCGACAUUACUCCUCAAUGCGCGUUGAUCCUCCACCUUGGCGCUAACAAUAUCAGCAACGCCCCAUCCGCACAUCGGAAUAUUGUAUUUAGAGAGCGUGUCGGUGUUUGCGUAAUCGUCGAGGGGCACCAGCUAUAAAAGCUGGAAAAACAUACAGCCUGAUGCGGCUGGACACCAGGCUCUCCUUUUUGACUGAACAAACUACAGACCUAUCUACCAAGCAUUUACAAGCCGCUAUGUCUACUCAAGAUUCGCUGUCCUACACCCUCCGCUACUUUGACGUACAAGGCCUUUGCGAGACCACUCGGCUGAUACUUGAUCUGAAGGGGAUCGAAUGGACCGAGGAGAAUCCAGAGUGGCCGGCGGCAAAGGCUGACCAGCCAGUUGGCCGUAUGCCUGUCCU